GAAAUUUUAGUUACAAGUUGUGCACUGAGCUGGUUUUGCGGCUUAAUUGUUCACAGAAUUAAGAUAGUAUUUGAAUACGCAACAAUAGAAAAAAUGUUAUCCUUUCGAUUUCGUGCCAUAGCUAACCUAUCAACAGUGAAGAAUGGUGUUUCUUUAAGCAACGUGUGUCAAAACACACAAAGCUCCUCAAGAAUGUUGUAUGAUACCUUAUCUACCACAAACCCUUCUCCAAAGUGGCAACUCCUUAGUGCAGUUUGUCUCGAAAGAACACCAAUAAUAAUGCCUCCAAUGGCGAAAAUUGAAGAAGAAAUGGCAGAAAUAUUUGAGAAGCUUGAUACCACGAAAAGCCUCAAAUCAGAUCAUGAACUAAAACAAGAUGAAGACAAAAAAGUAAGUGCAAGUCUUGUAGAUGGAAAUCAAGAUGAGAAUAAUCCAGAUGCAGCAACAAGACAGACCGCUCAAGAUUUUGAGGAUGCAUGUAAUGAAGAACUUAAUAAAUUCAUACCUUCUCCCAGGAUAACAGCUGAAGAUUUGAGUGGAGAUCGAAAAUCUACAAAUAGAAAACUGGACAAGCACCUAUUGUUUGUUGUUCAAGAAAAAAAUGAAGGCAAGAAAAUUUGGAAGCUUCCCCAAGCUCAAUGGAUAAACGGAGAGACGCUACGUGAAACAGCAGAACGAGCCUUAAAGGAACAUGUUAAAACACCCGAUACGUCAGUGAGAGUGCUAGGAAACGCUCCAUGGGGUGUGCACACCAUCAAGUAUCCUUCGGCGACUCGGGAAAAGGUAGGCUUUACUGGUGCAAAGAUCUUCUUCUUCAAAGCACAACUUCUUUCUGGGUGCACGACUUGUUCAAACACAGAAUACCAUUGGCUGGGCAGAAACGAGCUUACAGAAUAUUUUGAUCCGCAAUACUUGCGUAGCGUCCAAAAAUUUCUUAUUGAUGAAGAUUAGUACGGUUAAACGUAGGAUUUGUUAGACAAGUCAUAAAAUACAUCAUUUUGUCUCCCA